GAUGACUGCCAAGCAGAACCUUGUCAAAACAAUGGAACCUGUACAGACCUGGUCAACGACUACCAAUGUGUUUGUAUUGCAGGAUUCAAUGGGACAAAUUGUGAAAACAAUAUUGACGAGUGUUCCCAAGGUCCCUGUCAAAACAACGGAUCUUGUACAGACCUGGUCAACGACUACUAUUGCGAUUGUGUUCCUGGAUUCAACGGAACAAAUUGUGAAAACAUGAUCAAUGAGUGCUUGCCAGGUAUUUGUCUAAACAACGGGACUUGUACAGACCUUGUGAAUGACUACCAGUGCGACUGCGUUUCUGGAUUUAAUGGAACAAAUUGUGAAAAUAAUAUUGAUGACUGCUCACCGGAUCCCUGUCAAAACAACGGAACCUGUACAGACCUGGUCAACGACUACCACUGCGAUUGUGUUCCUGGAUUUAAUGGGACAAACUGUGAAAACGAUAUCGAUGACUGCCAAGCAGAACCUUGUCAAAACAAUGGAACCUGUACAGACCUGGUCAACGACUACCAAUGUGUUUGUAUUGCAGGAUUCAAUGGGACAAAUUGUGAAAACAGUAAGCGCUAUGAUUACGUACACCAUUUUUGUGUGUGGGAAUGA